GUUUUAAGUUGUGGUGACUUCAGGAAACACCACUCAGGCAUAGUUUUUUUACAAUUAGUUAAUUUUCAUUUUAACAGAAAGCAAAGUGCCAUAACAGUCACCUGUUCUUCAAGGAUCAUGAAGAAUCAAUACGUUGAAUGCAAAAUGACCGCCACAUGUUGGAUGCACUUGCUGCUGUUCUGUCUGAGUUGCCACUAUGAGAUCCAGCCUGCUGCAUGUAAACCUGAGUGGAUGACAUCACAGUUCCCUUGUGAUGUCACAGCCGACAACACCUCUAAGGUCCUAUUUGACUGUAAAGGGCGGCAUCUGGACAAAGUACCUCAUGGGAUAACCAGCAAUGCAACUGAGCUCAACUUAGCGGAAAAUUUUAUAAAAAAAAUUCUGGUCGAUUCCUUUUCCAACUUGCUGAAUCUGACCGAACUGAACCUCAGCUGGGCGAACAAGAAACACGUGGUGGACAUUGCUGAAAAACCUUUCAAAAAUCUGACAAAACUGCGUGACCUAAAACUAACUGGCAUUGGUCUGAGUGAAAUUCCCAGCGAUCUCCCUCUCAGUGUGGAGAUGCUUGAGCUGAGCUACAACCACAUUAUGUUUGUGGAUGACAGAAGGCUCGCUGGCUUAACCAACGUCACACAUUUAUGGUUAUACAAAAACUGCUACUUCUGGAAUCCUUGUGAGAAAGUUAUUAAGAUCAAGGAAGACAGUUUUGCAGUUAUGAGUAAACUACAGCAUCUGGACUUGUCCUAUAACAACUUAACUAAAGUUCCCAAGGGAUUACCCCAAUCAUUAACAGUGCUAAAGCUGGCUUCCAAUGCAAUAGAUUACAUAUCAGAAUACGAUUUUAUUGGGCUAACAAAUUUAGAAGUCCUUAAAAUAGAAGGGAACUGCCCAAGAUGCCAAAAUGCUCCAUUUCCCUGUGUCGCCUGCAAAAACGAAUCUAUUGUUAUCCAUCCUGAUGCAUUUAAAAGUCUCACGCAACUUCAUACACUUUACAUGGGAGGAAACUCACUGGACCACAUUAAUCCCUCCUGGUUUCAGAGGAUGCCAAAGCUCAGACAACUGUUCCUGUCAUUUAACUUCUUAAUAAAAGUAAUCACUGGGGAGGCAACAUUUCUAAGAUAUCUUCCAAACUUAACAAGAUUGGAUCUCUCUUUCAACUUUGCUCUCAAGUACUACCCUACGACAUUAAGUCUCUCAAAAGACUUUUCAAAACUUGUGUCACUCCAAACUUUGCAUAUUGAGGCUUUGGUCUUCCAGAGCAUUGGACCGGACACGUUGAGAUCUCUGUACCAGCUCAAAAAUCUGUCUACACUCAAUUUAGGGACUAACUUCAUUAUUCACUCCAAUUCCACUGUAUUUAGACAAUUCCCCCACCUGAAGCUGAUAUAUCUGGCAGAAAACAGGCUGUAUCCCAUCCCUGGGGAUAGUCCCCCACAUACAAGUGAUGGAUACAAUCAGAGGCAGGAGUUUUCUCUUUCACCGUUCAUAAAACCCCAGCCCAAAGAUUUUCAUUACGAACUGUCACACAGCCUCAUCAAGCAAGAGUGCUUUGACUCUGGACGAGUGCUAAUCCUCAGCUCAAAUAAUCUGUUCUUCAUUUCUCCAAAGCAGUUUGAGGGCUAUGGAAACAUUGCAUGUCUCAACCUCUCGGGGAAUGGAUUUUCAUCAGCACUUAGUGGAACAGAGUUCUCUUCACUGCCUGACCUGACGUACCUGGACCUGUCAUUCAAUAAGAUCGAUCUGGCCUAUGACAACGCCUUCAAAGAACUACAGAAACUACAAGUGCUGGACCUCAGUUACAAUCCUCACUACUUUCAAGCAUUCGGGAUAACGCAUAAUUUAAAUUUUACAAAAAAUCUGCCUGUGCUCAGGGUGCUGAAUAUGAGUCAUAACUCCAUUUCCAGACUAACAACAAAACAGAUGCACAGCAAAUCAUUAGCAGAACUCCAGUUUACUUAUAAUAAUCUCGGGAAUCUUUGGAAAGAAAAGGACGGCUCAUAUAAAAUGCUUUUUAAUAAUCUUACUAAUUUGACCAUUUUAGAUAUAUCCCACAACCGCAUCUCAAAGAUUCCAGAUGAUGUGUAUGAAUAUUUGCCGCAUAAACUCACAACACUACGCAUAGAUCACAACUCGCUCAAAGAUUUCAAAUGGGACAAACUCAAGCGUUUUGAUCAACUUCAAAUUUUAGACCUGAGCUUCAAUUCUUUAUCUAAUGUGACGGGCAUAAGUUCAAACCUCACAGACACUUUGACUUUCCUCGACCUGAGUCAUAAUCAUAUUUUCCACUUGGACAGUGGCUUUCUAAAUGGAGCAAAAAGCCUAAAGACUCUCAGCCUGAGCCACAACAAACUGACUACCAUCAAUCAGUCCACCUUCCAGUCGCAACCUGAAUUUCAUAUUGAGACUUUGUACUUGCAGAGAAAUCUGUUCCAAUGUACUUGUGAUUCAUUAGAUUUCAUUUUGUGGAUUGAAAACAGUGGUAUAAAGAUCCCUCGACUGACCACCGAGGUGACAUGUGCCACCCCCGCCGACUGGAAGGGUCGAGCUCUGAUCAACUUUCAAAUUAACCAGUGCGUGAAUGACAACCAGGCGUUCUCGAUCUAUAUAUUCACAACUGUCUUCAUUAUUGUUUUUAUGUUUGUAGCAACAGUUGCUCACUUGUUUUACUGGGAUGCUUCAUACGUCCUACACUAUAUAAAAGCUAAGCUGAAGGGAUUCAGAUCCUUCGACUCAUCGGAAGGUGUUUAUGAUGUGUUUGUGACUUACGACACCAGGGAUCCACAUGUCUCUGAGUGGGUGAUGACGAGCUUGCGAGAGAAACUGGAAGAGGAAGGAGAGAAGGAACUUCCUCUGUGUCUGGAGGAGAGGGACUGGCCCCCUGGAGUCCCACUCUUGGAUAACCUGGUUCAGAGCAUCCGCUACAGUCGGAAGACCCUGUUCGUCUUAACGGAGGGCUACGUAAAGACCGGGAUUUUCAAGCUGGCGAUGUAUCUGGCCCACCAAAGACUCCUUGAUGAAAACGUGGAUGUGAUCGUGCUGCUGAUGUUGGAGCCCGUCCUGCAGCACUCUCACUUCCUGCGCCUGAGGAGGAGGCUCUGCGGGAAGAGUAUUGUGGAGUGGCCGAGAACCGCUGCGGCAGAGCCCUGGUUCUGGCAAAAUCUGAGGAAUGUGGUCAGAGUGGACAACGAGGUGAUGUACAACAGGACUUAUUCAAAGUAUUUCACCAUCAAGUGAAACAGAGACGAUUUGUAACCUUAAAAUGUGGACAAUAAAAUCAACAGUGGUGUGGUCCUUCACAUCUUUUAUCUCUCUGCCUGGGACUUAACAGAAAGCAAAUAAAGAAAUUGCUGAUGUAUUUUAUUUACUGAAUGUCUUAUCAUCUGUGUGCAAAUAUUAGAAUAUGUUAAUAAAUAAAUCCAUUUUUA